GUGUAACUCUUCGCUUGGAUCUGCGGAGGCCUCUUCUUGUCUCCCUGAGCCUUUGCUGUUCCAUGGCGUGCCCAAACCCAUUUAAUGGGUCGUUCCCUCGGGUGAGCCACGUUACUGUACCGAAGGGCUAUCCGCGUGUGGCACACCCGCAGAAUCUCUCAACCGGCGCCUUCCCAACAGCCACCUUCUCGCAGAACUUCCUGGCCGUGCCCAACAAGCCAGGUGUCCCAAAACCAGUCUCCUGGUCGCCUCCACAAGCUCCUUCCUCGGACGUGAUCGGCGAGAUGCGCGAGGCAGUGAAGUCGACUGACUGGUGGCAGCUAUAUUUGGACAAGAAGACAAAGUUUCGUGUGGCCGCCGACUGGUCAGCCGACUCUUCUCGAUGUGGCUUGCUUCAGACACUUUGCGCCGUCUCUGGCGCCAGGCGCGUUUUGGAGAUCGGCCAGUGCUGUGGCGUGGCCACGCUGGCCAUGGCCGAGGUGCUGCCCGAGGGUGGCCAGGUCUGCAGCGUGGAGAUUGACCCGUUUCUGGCCGACUUUGCCAAGCAGUUUUGGGCCCGGAGUCCUCAUGGGGGGAAGAUCCACUCAUUCAUUGGAACGGCCAUGGAGUAUUUGAAGGGAAAUGCCCCACACGAUGGGCCUUUUGACCUGGUCGUCAUCGAUGCCGACAAGGAUGGCAUUUGGGAGUACUACUGCAAGUUGAAGCAGGGACUUUUGGCUCCGAAGGCCAUCGUGGUCGUGGACACCACGCCACAUAAGG